CUCACGGAAGCCGCUGGGCAGCCCGCUAGCCCGCAGCUCCACGCUCCAAUAAGAGCGCCCGGCCCCUCGCUCCCAAAGGCCGCCAAACGCCUCCAGUCCCGAGGGCGCCAUGAGGAACGGAUGCUGCGUCCCGCUGCUGCUCUUGCUGCUGCUGUCGCCGCAGCUGUUCACGCCCCCUGCGGGGGAUGCCGCCGUCAUCACCGGGGCUUGUGACAAGGACCCCCAGUGUGGUGGAGGCAUGUGCUGUGCUGUUAGUAUCUGGGUUAAGAGCAUAAGGAUUUGCACACCUAUGGGCAAAGUGGGAGACAGCUGCCAUCCACUGACUCGUAAAGUUCCAUAUUUUGGGCGAAGAAUGCAUCACAUGUGCCCAUGUAUGCCUGGCUUAGCCUGUUUACGGGCUUCAUUCAACCGAUUUGUCUGUUUAGCCCGAAAGUAAUCACUUUAGACUAGAAACUUUAAAUGUGAACAGCCACAUGAUUUCUGUAAAGUCUAUUUUUUUUUGUGAUUGUACCAAAAAAUAGUAUACCAGAAAGAAAUGCUAUUACUUCCUCAACUUUUCAAGUAACCUCUCUAGCUUUGAUUUUAAAUGACCUCUUUUUAUUGAAAGGAUUUUAACUUUGGAUAGAAAUGUAACGUGCAAGGUGUUACAGAAUUAGUUCUCAUUUCCCUGUUUGUUUUGAUUUGGUUUUGCUUUUUAAAAUGCCAGUAACCUAUUUUCACAAAAAUGAGGAGAAUAAGAAUUUGAUAUCUUGUCACAGAAACAUUUUGUAAAAAACUCUCCUUCUCCCAUCCCUGCCCCCUACACAUACACACAUCCUUGUUCACUCUUUGGUCUUUUGUCUCUCAAUCAUCAAAGAAUUUUAAGGACCUCAGUUUAUUCUUUGCCAUUUCU